UGAAUAGCGCAUAUUCUAAACUUGUCGUUACGGAGAAGGGUUUUUCAACCGAUGACUAACGAGAGCGUAAUAGAAGCAUCGAAAUGCAAACCAGAGGUCUUGGACAACACAGAGAAAAUGGAUUGUGAUCAGAAUACUCAGUUGUCAAUGGUCGUAAAUAUACCGACUCCUCCUGGUCCUCAAUGCUACUGCAUGUCGCCACGUGAUUUUAGUAGACCGGAUUUUCAGUGCAGUGUUUGUUAUAAAUGGUUCCAUCUUGAAUGUAUAGCAUUCAACAUAGGAAAGGCGUUACCUUUCCUAACAGCUUACCAUUUCAUGUGUAAGAAGUGCAACCCGAUCGGGGAAGAAGUAUUUUCCAGAAAGCAGGCGAAUUUUACAGUUAUGUGUCAAACGGCUCUUGCCAACUUGAUGUUGAAGCAUGGAGGGCGUUUGUACUUCAUGGAAAUGAAGGAACUCAUCCCCUUUUUAGAGGAGUACUGGGAAGAACUUACAACACAGCCAAGAAGGUCCAAUAAUUCUUGGUAUCCAAAUAUCCACAAAACUUUGACUAGUAGUGAUGUAUUCAAGACGGUAGAAACUUCAGAUGGUCUUUGUGUAUGUCUGUCGAACACUGAUCUUACCAAGAUUGGUCCAAGUUAUGAUCGAUUUCGUGCUCUCACAAGUCAACUUCGGACAAAUAUUACUAAACUAGGAGUUCCUUCUGCUAACAUACCAAACAGUGUGUCGCAGACCCAACCAUCUAUAUCAGGUUCCGUUUCUGAUGCACUUGACCAAUCAUCAAAUCUUACUUCCUCUAAUAAUCAGUUGCCUUUCACCAAUGAAGCCGAUGGCAUAGAUGUGCCUGUUUGGCGUAAACGCAAAUCUCCUGGCAGUGGGUUAUCUGGUGGGAUGGGAAACUUUUACAAUGGUUCUUCAGUGAUAUCUACUGUUCCAGGUGGAUCAUCAGAAAGUGCAGCACUUGGUACUGUGACUAAUGCUGAUGUCCCAGGAUUCCCUGGUACUAGAACUGCUGCCUCAUCAAAUGGUGAUGUAAAUAAUGGAUUAUCCAGUGGUCUUGUACGUUCAACUCGUCGGGCCACUUCGGCAUCUGUUCUGGGUGGGACCACACCCUUAAGUGGAACUUCAGGUUCUGAUGAAGGACGUGCAAAGUUAAAUUCUUUAGGCUUCCCGAUUGAUCAUGCACUAAAUAAGGAAGGUUAUCGUUACAUUUUGGUGGAACCGGAUAAACAUGCCUCCGGUCGGGAGCAGUGGGACGAAUGCGAGUUUACAGCUGGGAAACCCAUACCUGGUCUUUUUUAUCGUGUGUUUUUAUGCUCACAAGUAGUUUUAUCUUUGAGUGAUCGGGCAAAUCAUUUGAAAGUUCACGAAUCGCAGUUGUCAGUUACUGGUGAGAAGGGUUAUUGUAUGGUCCGUGCCACUCAUAGCGUUAAUUCCGGUACUUGGUACUUCGAAGCAACUAUCACAGAGCAACCAGAAGGUUCUGCAACUAGAAUCGGUUGGUCUCAAAUGUAUGGUAACUUACAAGCACCUUGUGGCUAUGAUAAGUUUAGUUAUUCUUGGCGUUCACGUCUUGGCACCGCAUUUCAUGAGUCGCGGGGAAAACAUUACGCUGAUGAAGGUUAUAAAAAAGAUGAUGUUAUUGGAUGUAUGAUCUAUUUACCUUCAACUACUGGUCCUUUCACAUCGUUAGAAAAUCAAUGUUCAGAGUCUUCUGGACUGUUUAAAACGCCCCAAGCGAAUUCAUUAUCAUCUGUGGCUGGCGACAUUAAAUCCAACUUAAACAAUACAUCUAGUGGACAGAAUAUGAAUAAAUAUAAAAAUUUAUUUUGUACUUCCAAUUAUCUUCCUGAGACAUAUAAAGAUCGUCCACUCAUCAGAUUUCGGAAUUCUUUUUACUUUGAGGAGAAGGAUGAGCCGACAAAAGCGGAAAAAUUACUUCAUCCGUUGCCUGGUAGUAAGAUUACGUUCUACCACAAUGGUAAAUGUAUGGGAGCAGCUUUUACGAAUAUCUAUGCAGGCACUUAUUAUCCAGCAAUAUCAAUAUAUAAAUCUGCUACUGUUUCUGUCAAUUUCGGUCCAUAUUUUAAAUAUCCUCCGAGUGACGUAACAGACUGGGAACCGGUAAGUGCUUUGCAAAAAUCAUUUAUUUGAUAGCGUCGAAAGAAAGAUAGAAAACUUCUUCAAUGUGGAACUCUGAAGGUUUAGUAUUAAGACGGAGUUGAUCUUCAUCUGGCACCCCUGGCUCACUUCUAGAUAAUCACACAAAGCUUUUAUCCACCCAUUUUCACUAUUAAGAAAAUAGUUAGUUAUCAGUCUGCAAUGCAUAAUUUUGCAUGAUUGAUCCCAUCGAUUUUUUCUUUCCUUUUUCUAUGGUUCCAAUUAAAGAUUUAUCUCAUUCACUACAGAUUUAAUACUUCAUUGAUUAAUUUAACUUUUUAAAAGCUCUUUUACCGUUUACUUUUCGACUAGUUGUACCAUACGUGAACGAUGAUCGUAAAUGGGCAUAAUUGAUCAGAUAUCUAUAUUGACCAUGUAACGUACUAGACUACACCUCUAUACUGGUAUAUUAUCCCCUAGUUCAGUAGAAAUAUAGGUCGUUAAAUUUAAUGUGUUGAAGUGUCUCGUUAGUCCUUAACCCUCUAGAACUAGUGCAGUUGCUCAGAUAACUGAAACUGUUGCUACCAUACAUCUUUUUACUUCACCCAUAAAGUGUCGGGUUCCACUUGUUUGUUUCAAAUACGUUUGUUAGUAUGUGUUAUCGUUUUUAUCUAAGUGAUAAACAUCGCGUACGUGUAUUGAUUCGAUUAAAUACUAUCAUUAAUUCAGUAUAGGAAAAUUCAAUAAAUCAGUCACUCCACAAAAGAAUGUCUUUCUUAAUGGUCUUUUCAGUGGUUAGUUGAGUAGUAUAGUAAGAAAUCAGUAAAACUUUUGAAGUUUAUCGUGUACCUAAUAGAAUUUUAAGUGAUCUGCUAUAUAAUUUUUCAGUGUCUACUUGUUCUUGUUAUUAGUAGUUUUUUCUUGUUUUCCCAGAUGUCUUCUCGCGUUAUAAGCGCUGCUGUUGAACAAACUGUGGCAGAUAUGAUCUGUUUAGUAGAAAAAGACGGAUUCAUUGAGCGCACAAUCAAAUCAUGUACUCCUCAAUUUAAUUAACCAAAGGCUUUCAAAAAGUAUGAAGAUUUAAUUCUAUCUUAAACUCGUUUGUAAGUGUCAAGAAGUUAAUUUUCCUUCUACUAACUCUACAUCGUCAUCUCUUUCUGGUUAGUGUGUAUUCAUUGAACCUGUUUUCUAUCUGAUUAUUGCAAACUGAACUAUUCAAGCUUAAUUGUUGUACUCAUUCUAAAAAUUUUUUAUGCAUCUUGUUCAUAGAGUUUUUAUAUUUUCAUACGCUGUAUAUUUAUCUAUGGGUUUAUUUUAUUAGGUAUCAUUAUUGAUUUGAUUCUUCAUAAUGUUUCUAUACCUUUUUAUUCACUAUACAUGUCUAUGUAUGUGCUUAGGAAAGAGAGAGUACUUGUGAGCUUUGUAUCUGUUUGUAAUGCUGUUCGAUGAUGAUUAUCAUCCAUCAUGGUGUUAAUUUUUCAAUCUUCAUUUCUGUGUCUUCUUUUUUCAAAGUAAAACAGUAACAAAUAUAUAUUUAUGUACCA